GGGAGACACACCAUACAGAGAAAAAAUAUUGUGAUUCUUGAUGACCUGAACUCGGACCUGAUUACCAAGGGUUAUGAGGGGAGAAGGUUGCUCAGAAUUCUUGGCAGUUUUGACCUUCACAACGUCAUUAAAGACCUUACAAGAACAACCGUAACCACUUUUACCGUACCUGACCUGAUCACCAUUGAUACAACUAAGAUAAUAGCAUCAGGGACAUUUGACCCAGGCCUCUCCGACCACUGCCUCGUCUAUGGCAUCAUAAAGCUACAACGCAAGAGGACACCCCCGAAAUAUAUUUCUGCAAAAAAUUAUAAAACUAAAACAUGUUUACUACUGCCCAAUGGUCUGUAA